UCAAACAUUCACGAACUCAGCCUAUGAAGAAGCUUUCUUGACGAGUUUCCUCAUCAAUCUUAAUCUUCUUCAUUUACAGAUGAAGAAUCCAUCUUACCUUAUCUUUCUUCUCUUAUGCUCAUCUCUGAGCUUCUAUCCAAAUACGGCCUGGGCUAAAGGCAGCAAUGUCGUCAAUGUCACAUCCUUGUUUCAUGUUGGCGUGGUUUUUGAUUUGAAUUCUUUAAUUGGAAGUGCUGUUUGGAGGCGCAUUGAAAUGGCACUUUCCGACUGCUAUGCUUUCCAUCCAAGCCAUGACUCGAGGAUUAUACUCCAUUUAAGGGAUCGGAAGGGUGAUACCUGUUCCAACGCAGUAUCUGUAGCUGUGGAUUUAAUAGAAGAUGUCAAAGUGCAAGGCAUUAUUGGGCCAGAAGAUUUCUUGGUUGCCAUGGGAAACAAAGUCGAGAAGUUGGGAAUGAUGAAACUUGGGUACUUAUGGAUUGCUACUAGUAUUGGACUUACUGAUCUUAUGGUCCAUAAGGACACUUCUUUCUUCCGUUCUAGUGAAGGAGUUGUAGGAAUGAAGUCUCAACAAAGAACACAAGUUCAAAAGGAAGAAAUAGACUUGGAGAAAAUGAAGCUCAACAUCUAUGCAACACUUUGGGCAAAUAAUACAUUAUUUGUCAUGGCAAAUGCAGUAGAUAGAGGUGAUUAUGAUUCAAGAAAGAACAUUUGGUCUACUAUGGAUUCAUCCAAAAUGCAUGUCACCAAAUUUAAGAUAGUUAAUUGGACAAAAAGUACAAGUUAUAAAGCUAGGUAUUCAUCCCCAAGGUCUGUAAUUUCACGGAGCUUGAGAUCAGAAGAUGCAACAAAGAAUCAUGUAAACAACUUUCCUGCAACAUUUAGGAAAGGAGCUACAGUAAGUCCUAGUGAUGAUAAAAUUUUGAAGAUCGCGGUCCCUUGUAAUACCUCGUUUGCUGAAUUCGUUAAUGUGACUUGCAAAGAGAAUGGUAGUGUCACAGGAUUCUCAAUAGAAGUUUUUGAUGCUGUUAUGCAGAAGCUAAGCUAUCGUUACAAGUAUGUCCCAUUUGAAUUUGGAAACUCAUACAACACUAUGAUAGAUCAGGUAUUCAACAAGGCUUACGAUGCAGCAGUAGGAGACAUAACAAUUAGAGCGAAUAGAUCAAAAUUUGUGGGGUUCACUCAACCAUACGCUGGUUCUGGAGUUCGCAUGAUUGUACCGGUAGAACAUGAGAGUGAUACAAAUGGUUUAUGGUGGUUCUUAAAGCCAUUUACAGCACAACUAUGGUUAACUACACUUGUUUUCUUCCUCUUGAAAGGAGUAUUAGUAUGGAUCUUUGAGCAUCAACAGAAUCCGGAGUUUCAGGGCUCUAAAUAUCAACAAUUGGGAAAAGUUCUUUACUUCUCCUUCUCCUUGUUAGUUUUUGCACAAAAAGAAAAUCUUCAAACCAAUUAUUCUAGAUUCGUAACAUACUUGUGGAUGUUCUCAUUGUUCAUCAUUGUGGCAAGCUAUAAUGCAAAUCUAACAUCCAUCUUAACGGUUGACAAUCUACGACCAACCGUUACAAGUCUUGAUACAUUGCUCAAGGAAGGAAGUUAUGUUGGAUAUCAAAAGGGGUCUUAUGUGGGUGAUCUUUUGAAGGAGAAGGGAUUCUCAGUUGAAAAGCUUAAAAUGCUUUCAACAACUACUGAAUAUGCGCAAGCUUUAUCAAACAAAAGUGUUGCUGCAAUUGUGGAUGAUAUUCCAGUUAUUAAUGUAUUUCUAAAGAAGUACUGCAACCAAUUCACUAUAGCUGGACCAACUAUUCAAACAGGAGGGUUUGGCUUUGUAUUUCCCAAAAACUCCCCUAUGAUACCUAUUGUGUCUGAGCAAAUUUUGGUUGUCAGAGAAAACCAAGAGAUGGACAAAAUUGAAAAUAAAUAUUUUGGACAUGAAACAUGUUUGGAACCUUCUACAAAUGUGACAUCAAUUAGAUUGCGCCUUUACAGCCUUCGUAGCAUAUACCUUAUCACUGGAGUAGGUUCUGCUUCAGCUCUCUUUGUUUUCUUUAUUUCUUCAAUAUUAUUUUCACAUAAAGUUGAGGCCCUUGAGGGCAAGGAACAAGAACAAGAUGGACUACCCCAGGUGACUGUACUUCAGGAUGGAAAUACACGCGAAGUCUCCAUAAAAUGGUCAUGCCAUUGUCCUAAUCGUCGCAAUAUAAGAAAUAUGCCCCUUACAACAUUGGAAGAGAAUGUUGUAUGACAUGUGAAAACUGUACUUUAAGGUGGUUUUUAGUUAUUGUUUGUUAUUUUCAUUAUUAAAGAUAGUGAUGAUUUGUAAUUGACACAUUCAGUUUAUCAUAGAAUUUCUUUAAUGUU